AUGUCAAAUAACGAACUCAGACCGUAUUACGAUCCGAGCCUGUUUGAUGCUGGAUACUCUGUAACGUAUCGCCCGGGACUUGGUGUGUUGUAUCCCGAUGGCAAAUCUAUAGUCGAUACCAUUUUCAACAAUGAUAGCCUGAAAUCUGCUAGUGAGUUACUAAAAUUCAAGAAUGGAACUAGCAGAACCCUAAUUCGAGCUGCUCGUGGUUCAGCAGCCCGCCACCUGGCUGGUGGCAAUAUGGGUCAGUCAUUUUGGCACAGUGUAAACAGCUCACUGGAGAUCUUGACCCAUUUCUUAAAGAAGUUGGCGAGAAAUUACUUCAAAGUGAUUUUGAACCAACCAUUCGAUAUUGUGAGAGUGUUGCUUCAAAUAGGGGUUUUCGAUGUACUGAGCUUGAGUAAUAUUGGAAGCGGCAAACUUGAAGGUAAAAGUGUCAAAGAAAAAAAGUCAAAGAAAAAAAGAUCAGAGUAUGAUGAGCAAGGGGACAGUGCAGAUUACUUCUUUAGUAAUAACUCUACUUACAAAUCUAAAUCAAUUGGACUAAAUGAUGAAGAAGGUGAAGAUGUCGAGGAUGAUGUGGAAGAAUAUGAAGUGCCGGUUGUUGACGUCAAGCACAUCCAACCUUUGUCUUUGCAUACCAUUGACGUUAUGUCUUCAAUUUUAUCUAAGGAAGGAACUACCAGUUUAUGGAAGGCUACCAAUGUAUCAUACAUUUAUCAAGCAUUAUCAGCUACCCUUGAAUCAUGGUUGACAGGAUUUUUUGCGCCAUUUUUAGAAAUCCCUGAUCCAUUCUAUAUUGACAUCAAUUAUUCGCCCGAUCCAUUUAAGUCAUUUGUAUUGAUUCUUGUUGCUUCGAUAACCACAGGAAUAAUAUUGGCUCCGUUGGAUUUGAUACGUACCAAGUUGAUUAUUACUAAUAUUCCUGCGACUGCCCAAGAGCGUUACGAGGCUGAAUCGAGAUGGCCUGGCUUGAAAAGAAGUCUUAGGGAUAAUAUCAAGAUGCUUAAGUUCUACUUUUGUCCUAUCCAGCUACUUUUCCCAACGAUCUUGAAUUCAACUGCCAACAAAUUUAUAAAGAACUUUGUACCAUAUUUGAUGGUCACUAGACAUGAGAUUGGCAGCGGUGGUGUAUCUAUCCAUCCAAUAUAUGAUCUGAGUUUGCGAUUCCUUAGUGAAUUCAUUGAUUUGAUUGUGAAAUUGCCUGUGGAAACCUUGUUGAGAAGAGCUCAAACCAGCUAUUUGGUUUCUAAGAGCACCAAUGAUAAAUUCCGGGAUUCUAAUGGUUUAGAAAUCAACGAAUCAGAUAUGAUUGUGAAAUUCGUAGGCUAUAAAGGGUACUGGAGCAGUUUGGUUAGCUCGGUAUACACUGAUUCUAAGAAUGAUAAUUCCGGAUUAGAAUCAUUAUUUAGAGGCUGGAAGAUUGGUGCACUUAAUAUCUUCGCCAGAUGGGGGUUUAAAGUGAUCAAUAGUGAUUCCAAAUUUGUUGAAGAAAAGUUCUGA